GUUGUCAUUUUUGGCAAACGUCUUCUAUCUGGCAACAUCGUUUUGUGGCAUUUAAGUGACAAGAUACGUGGCUGUCGAAAAAAAUACUGAAAUCGAAAAACUUAAAACUCAUUUAAUUCGCUAGAAAUUUAGUUAUUUAAUUAAUAUAAUAUAGUCCAAUAUAUUACGAAGAUGCAAAAAAAUCUUUUAGUAACAAUAUUAACGCUUGCCCUGGUGCAAUUGUUGCAAACGGCACAGGCCUUUAUUGUUAAUGUAGAUGCCCACAAUGAGGAAUGCUUUUUCGAGAAAAUUGAGGCCGGAACAAAAUUUAGUGUUACAUUUGAGGUAAUUGAAGGUGGUUUCUUGGAUAUUGAUAUCAAAGUAACUGGCCCUGAUCAGGGUAUCAUGCAUCAAAGUGAAAAAGAGUCAUCGAGCCGUUUGACUUUUGCUGCUGUCACCACUGGUGUGUAUACUGUAUGUUUUGAUAAUCAAAAGAGCAGCAUGACACCCAAAUUGGUAAUGUUUUCGAUUGAUGUGGGUGAGUCACCCCAUCGUGCCCCUGGUGCUCCCGGCGAAGAAGAUAUUGGCCACACAAAAUUGGAGGAUAUGAUACGUGAAUUGUCGGGUACUUUGACCAGUGUUAAACAUGAACAGGAAUAUAUGCACGUUCGUGACAAAAUCCAUCGUUCUAUUAACGAAAGCACCAACUCCCGCGUUGUUUUGUGGUCCACCUUUGAAGCUUUAGUUUUGGUUUUAAUGACCAUCGGUCAAGUGUAUUAUUUGAAACGUUUCUUUGAAGUUAAACGUGUGGUUUAAGGCCUGUCUAUGUCUGUAAAUUAUUUAGGAGCUGUCAUGUUAAGUUUUACACAUAAUUCCAUAGCCAUUCUCCUUUCAUUGUGAAAAAUAAAUUUUAAUAUUUUUUCUUUACCUAAAUGUUUAUUUAAGACAAUUGCACAUAUAAACAUUACUCAUCUAUUAAAAAUAUUUUUUAAAGAAAAUGUCUUCGUUCUUAUUUGGUAAAAAAAAAUAAUUUAGAUUUAUAGGUAGUUAGAAUCGAAAAAAAGGCAGGAUUAAUACGUGCUUAUACAGUUUUUUAAAUAAGUCUUUCCUUAAAAAUAUAUUGUGUUCAUUACUUACAACUGCAUAUGAAAUACCGGUUGUAUAGUGUAAAAAGUAUAAUUUAAAUUGAAAGAAAUGUUUAAAAUUUUUUAAUAACAGAAUAUCAAAUGUAGAACAUUUAUUACAAAAUCAAUAAACCUAUAAAUUACUAAAAGCUAUUUUAUAAUGUCA